GGUUUGCUUUCAUCGUAGGCAAUACGUUAGAAUCAUCAUGGCUGACAGUGGACCUGUGAAUGAACCCGACAAGAAAGAAGUUAGCAAAUUUGGCUUUAAAAAGCGGGUUAAUAAACAAGUAUCAAGAAGAAAGCAAGCAUCAAGUAGUGAAGAGAGUGACAGUGAUGGUGGAAAUGUGGCUGUGAAACGACAAAAGAGACAGGGAAACAGAAACCCUCUGGUUCAGUCGACAAAGAGAGUGAAGGUGACAAAUAAUGCCAACUACAGCAGUGAAAGCUCAGAGGAUGAGACGAGGCUGUCCCUGGCAUACAAGUCAAGUCGAACAGGGAAACGAGAAGGGCCAGGUGACAUGGGAGCCACGGCCAUUGUGGAGAUAGACACUGCUCUGGAGCAGGAUGCACAAGCCAUCUUCGAGAGAGCUCAGAUCAUCAACAAGGGGCUGAAGGGUAAAGAGGAUGACAAGGUUUACCGGGGUAUGAACAACUACGCUGUGUACUACGAGAAGAAAGACACAGCGGCGGGGAAUGCUUCCAGUGGAAGUGUCAGGAAAGGUCCAAUCCGAGCUCCGGCCCACCUGAGGGCGACCGUGAGAUGGGACUACCAGCCUGACAUCUGUAAAGACUUCAAGGAAACUGGCUUUUGUGGAUUUGGAGACAGCUGCAAGUUCCUGCACGAUCGUGGUGAUUACAAACAUGGAUGGCAGCUGGAGCGAGACGAACAAAAGGCCAACAAAGAUGAUGAACGAAACUACGAGAUCAGCAGUGAUGAAGAUGAUCUCCCUUUCAAAUGCUUCAUAUGUCGAGAUUCUUUCAAGAACCCAAUAAUAACCAAAUGCAAGCACUAUUUCUGUGAGAAAUGUGCACUGAGUCAAUUCAAAAAGUCUAGAAGAUGCUUUGUGUGUAAUGAACAAACUAAUGGUGUAUUCAACCCUGCUAAAGAUCUCAUUAAGAAGCUGAAGAAACAUGAAGAGGAGGAAGAGGAGAGUGGCUCUGACACAGGGGAGGCUCUCGGUGCUGGGGGGUGGAAUGAUGUGGAUCAGGGGACAACACAAGGGGUGGUGCAGGAGAGUGGCUCUGACACGGGUGUGGCUCGCGCCUCAGGCGGGUGGAAUCAGGUUGAGAAGGGGAUGUGACAAGGGGUGGGGAAGGAGAGUGGCUCUGACAUGUAUGUGGCUCUCUGUGCUGGGGGGUGGAAUCAGGUGGAGUAG